GCGGAUGUCGUUCUUUGCCUGAGGAUGACCUGUUGUUGGUAGCACAGUUGUUGUUGCCACUGCAGAUGGAGGUGUUGUAAGAUUUGUUGAUGCUGCAGCACUCUCUCCUGGUGUUGCCGAUGGUGGAAUUCUGCCAAUUGCGCAUGCAGAAGGAGGCGGAGUUGGCCCUCGCACUCACUAUGUUGCUGCGCUUGCUGCUGCAAUUGGGAAGGCCCCCCCUUUGGAUCAGCGACCGGAGUUGGCCCUCACACUCGCUGUGUUCCUGCGCUUGCUGCUGCAAUUGGCAAGCCCCCCCCUUUGGAUCAGCAACAGGAGCGGCUCCGGUUGCUGUUGCUGUUCCAGUUGUUUCAGCUGUUGUUGCUCUGCUUGUGCUUGGACCCGCUGCUCUUGCUGGUGAAGCCACGAAUGGUGCGGUAGGAGCUGCUGUUGAGCCGGUGCAGGCAACAGCGGGUGGUGCCGUGUCUGUGGCUGCAAUUGCGGGUGUUGUUGUUGUUACAUCGUUUGCAGUUGCGCCACUUGCUGUUGCCAUUGGUGGUGCUCUUGUUGCUGUUGUUGAGGCGUUAAGCGUUGUUGCUGUUGUUGUUGGGUAUCUGGGUGAUGCUGUUGCUCAGACCAUUGUUCUUGUUGUUGGUGAUGCUCAACGGGCGUGUGGCACUGCUGUGGCUUCAACAUUUGUGCGUCAUGAGCUUGCUGCUGCUGCUCCAGUGCAUGCACCUCUUGGUCGAGUUGAUGGUGCAUUUGCAUAUGUGCCACAUAAGCUUGUUGUAACUUCUCAUCUGGGUGUUGUUGCAGCGUCGGUUGCAACUUCUGGUUAUGCUUCUCCUGCCACUGGGCUAGCAUCUGCUUUUGCAGUUGUAUUUGGAAUUGAGCUUCAUGGUUUUGCUUUUGCAGAUAUGCCUUGUCAUGGUGUUGUUGUGUUUGCAGCUGCAGUUGCGCUUCGAGGUGUUGUUGCGUUUGCAGUUGAGUGUAGUUGUUUUGCUGAUGCUGCAUUUGUGGGCAUUUUUGUUCUUGCAGUUGUGCUUCGUGGUGUUGCCCUUGCAGGUGUGCUUCGACGAGGUGUUGCUGCAAUUGCUGUUGUGUGUCGACGUCUUGGUGAUGCUGUUGCAGUGCCUGCAUCUGUCGAGCAGGUUGCGGUUCACAGUCCUGCUCCAAGCGGCACUGGGCCUGUCUCUGAAGUUGGUGUCUGGACUCGUGCUGCUGGAUUGGGGUGGCCAGGAGGAGGUGUUGCUGGCCAAUCGGCGGUUGAGAUUGUUCAUUGGUUGAACCAGUGACCAUGGUGUCGUCCACGUGUUCAAACUUCCUCAGGCGUGUUCGCACCGGGUCCUGAGGUCU